AUGGCGGAUGAAACUAAAUUAAGUGUUUCCGAUUCAACUGAUAGCAUACCUAAUACAGAUGAUACUGAUAGCAAUGAUAACUCACUUGACACUCAGGUAACAAAGAAAAGAAAUGAAAUGCAAUCUAGAUCUGUUGUUUGGGAUCAUUAUGAGAAGGUCGUUGUACAGGGUAUUGAUAGAGCGAAGUGUAAGUAUUGUAAAAAAGAUCUUGCUGCUGCAACUGCAAAUGGGACAACGGGAUUGAGACAACAUUUAGGGAGGUGUGUUGCAUAUAAAUCCCUUAUUAAACCUCCCACUCAGAAAAACAUACAUUUUCCAUCUAAGGAUAAGCAUGAGCUAGAGGAGCAUUGGGAAUUUGAUCAACAAUUAAUUAGGAGGGCUUUAGUUGAGAUGAUAAUUAUUGAUGAACUACCAUUUAGCUUUGUAGAAAAGGAAGGCUUCAAGAAGUUUAUGAGUCAAGCCCAACCUCUGUUUCAAAUUCCUUCCCAUAGAACAAUAACAAGGGUUUGUUAUGAAUGUUACAAUGAAAUGAGACAAAAUUUGAAGAAGUCUUUUAGAGAAGCACAUUCAAAAGUUUGCCUUACCACAGACACAUGGACAUCAUUGCAAAAAAUUAAUUAUAUGUGUUUGACUGCUCACUUUAUUGAUAGAGAUUGGAAGUUGCAUAAAAGAAAUUUUUGCCCUGUCACUAGUCAUAAGGGUGAGCACAUGGCAGAGAGUAUUAGUAAGUGCUUGCUUCAUUGGAAAUUGGUCAAGGUAUUUACUGUUACUGUUGAUAAGGCUUCUUCAAACGAUGUUAAAGUUAGAGAAUUGUCUAAACAGUUAAAUAUGUGA